AUGACUCGAGCCCUCCCACCCAAGGCCCGCUGCCUCAGGUUGCGAGGUUGCAUCAUCGAGCUGUUUUGCCACUUUGAGGUGAUCCCACUCCCGCUAAGGGGCCACCAGCGAGGCCCCGCCUCAGAGCACCCCAAACCUGACACCAUGAAGAUCCAAAUUCUUCCCGCCGUGGCUCUCCUCGCUCUUUUGGCGUUGCAUGCUGCCCAGGGAGCUGCCCUGGGGGGUGCCGAGGAAGAGACGACCGUUGGCAAUUACGCUGCGGGAUCAGAGGGCUUUAACAGUCAGUUCCUGAACCUUGACAAACUACAGUCUGCCUUCAAGACUGAUGACUUCCUGAACUGGCAUGCCCUCACUGAUAUGUUCAAAAAGGCUUUACCUUUCAUCAACUGGGAGUUCUUCCCUAAGGUAAAAGGACUGAGAAGUGCAGUUCCUGAUUCCCAGUGA